GCAAUAACUGCUCCUUGACUCAAAAUCUUGUGCAACCCAAACACAAAUGAACCUCAUGUGCUAUUCCAGCGGUCAGAAUGGUAAAACCUAUGAAGCAAUGGCAGAUGAUGUUGGCUACACGCUUGUGGCAGAGUACACUCCUGUUCGAGAUGAUGGUAUUGUUGGUGAAGCUGUGACUGCCUCAACUGAUCCCAUUGCUGUCUGUGAUGUGGACGGCGAGAGCUUCAGCUUGAAUGUCCCAGUAGCAGGAUGCGUCCGGUACUCAGAUCUGGUGCUGAGGUCUGAUCCAGAUAGCAGGUCGCAGAGUGAUCUUGAUGUCCCUGUCAGAGGUGCCACUCCAGAAGUCUGCGAGUCCAAGGUGAUGCCAAAGGGAACAGCAUGGUGGCCAACCAGCUGUCUUAUCUCCUCGUACAGAGUUGCAGCAUGCCAUCGUCCUCGUGCGCUUGCCAUUAGAUCCAUUAUCGCCGGCGACACGCAGGGGCCACAUAGGGAAUUUGGACAAGAGGGACAAGGAUGUGGCGGAGGACAGAUGGGAGAAGGGGGCGAGACGGAGGCAAGAGCGGAUCAGACAGAGGGAGGUCAAGGGGCAAGGGCUUUGCUGGGGACGGGUGUGUGUAGGGCAGGAAUGCAGGGUUUUGCGGGGUCAAGGCACGGUUUAUGUAGGGGUUUAAGGUUGGGGAUGUAUCUAGGAUAUAGGGAAGCGGGGAUCACGGUCACUGUUGGUGUUCUCGGGGAGGCCGUGAUGGCGUGCGACAUGAUCGAAGAAGAGGGUGGCGACGUCUUUGGCACUGUGCGAAGUCGUGCAAGGAAUGAAGUGGGCACGUUUCGUCAAGCGGCAGAGAAUGACGCAGAUGCAAUCAUGCCCGCGGUCGGUCUUGGGAAGGCCGCACAUGAAGUCCAUGGAGAUGGACUCCCAACGGUACGGGCGCCAGACUGUGAGAUCGUGAAUCACGACGAGGAAUUCCUUCUCGUUGGAGGGGUAAUUCAUCUCCGCGGGAAGGAGCUUCUUGCUUGCGAAGGCGAUGGGGUAUUCGCCGGGUGGAGCCUGGGGGUGAAUGGCGUGUUGGCGGUGAUCGUUCCAAUUGAAGGGCUCGUCCUUGCGUGUGAGUUUGUGGAGGGGGUAAGAGAUCUCGGAAAAGUUGCGAAUGAACGGGCGGUAAUAGUUGGCAAGGUCGAGGAAGGAACGGAGUUGGAGGAGGGUCUUGGGCGGGGGGUAAUCGACGAGGGUUGUGACCUUCGAGGGGUCCACACGGAUGCCUUCAGUGGAGACAAUGUGGUCGAGGUAUUCGACGCUCCAAGCGGCAAACGUACAUUUGUUGAGCUUGGCGUAGAAUUUCUGCUCUCGGAGGAUCGAGAGGACUUCGCGAAUAUGCUGGAGGUGGGACUCGAAGGUGGGGCUAAAGAUGAGGAUGUCAUCAAGGUACACGACGACACAAACUUCGAGGAGGUCACGGAAGAUGUGAUUCAUGCUGGACUGGAAUGUGGCGGGGCAUUGGUUGGGGGAGGUGAACUGGUCCGAGGAGGUGGUGGAGGUGGUGUCCUCGGAGGCGAUGUUGUGGAAGAAGCGAGGGCGGGGAGGGGCCGAUGGGUUGUCAUCUUGGGCGAGGGGGGAGGUGGAGCGACCAUGGUGGAGGUAGUGGUGGAUGAGGGUGGGGGUGUACAGGUGGACGGUGUUGGUGUGGAGGUUGAAGUGGAGGCUUGUCCGGAGGAGAGGGUGGGUUGGGGUGUGGAGGAGGGGGGUGUGGUCGUGCUGACGACCGUGAUGGCGGGGGAGUUUCCCUCGAGCGUGGUAACACGAUCGGAGAUGGCAGACAUGGUGGUGUCGAUGGUGGCGAGGGAGGAUUUGAGGGCGGUCAACGUGAAGAAUUAUUAUGCCUCUGUAGUAAAGUAUGGCGGUGGAGGAGGUGCAGGUGUAGGAAAGCAGGUACUCUGGCGCCAAAAGCGUCAGGACCACACCCUCGUUGUCUUUGAUGACGAUACUGUGGAGAAGUGGCCAUUGGAGGUCGAGGGUGUGACGAGCAGCAGUGAGUCCGGGAAGGGGGAAGUCACUGCCGCUGUGGUUAAGAAGGGAGGACCACGACCACCAGGAAAGAAGAAGAAACCACGCUCGUUCCCUGAACAUCUCAGGAUUGCGUCCGAGAAGCCAUGGGAGAAGAUGGGUAUAUCGCAGGAAUUGUGGCAAGAAAGAAUGAACAACGCGCAAUGUUUGAAGUGUGGCAUCGCGGGGCAUGACGGUGAGUUGCGUCUCUGUAUUGAUUAUAGAGGGUCGAAUGUCGUCACUGUUAAGAAUGAUGAAUCACUUCCUCACAUUGACGACUUACUUGACCAGUUGCAGGGUUGCAAAUACUUUAGCAAGAUCGACUUGAAAUUUGGGUAUCACCAGAUCGAGGUGGAACCCUCCGAUCAGCAUAAGACCGCUUUCCGAACCAGGUAUGACCACUAUGAAUUCGUGGUAAUGCCCUUCGGAUUAACGAAUGCCCCUGCCACUUUCCAGAGGUCAAUGAAUGACUUGUUUCGUCAAUGGUUGGAUAAGUUUGUCAUUGUCUAUCUCGAUGAUAUUCUAGUGUAUAGCAAAACACUAGAAGAUCAUGAGAAGCACCUUCGUCUGGUGCUAGAGAAGUUGCGAGAGGGCAUCUUCAAGAUCAAUGCCAAGAAGUUUGAGUUUGCUAAGUCUGAAGUGUUAUACCUAGGACAUAUAGUGAACGAAGAAGAUCCUGAGGUGGCUAGGGACGUGAAGUGGAUAAUUGACCUUGGAGCUGCCAAAUUUGAGGGUCCUGGAGCUGCAGGUCAUGAGAAAAGAGUUGUUGACGUAAACAGGAAGCGCCUGAAGGUAGUGCGUCCAGGUGGCAAGACGUCAUUCUCCACAACAGAGCUGAAAGGGACGUAUGCCCCACCGUUCAGGGUGGACAUUUUUCGUAACGAUCCAACCCGGUUGAAAAUUGUUGUCGACAGUGACAACGAAGUGGAGCUGGUUGUCCAGACCCGGCACGUUCGGGAUGUUAUUGCUCUCACCAUUCGCGGUUUUGCUCAGCGGUAUAACAGCAGUCGCACUUGAUCUAUCCUCUCUGAAGAUACUGUUUGAAGUUUGAACUUGGUGUCUUCCUGUUAUUUUGGAAGUUGUAAUGAUUUUCUCAGACACUGCUUGGACAGAAUGCCUUCAUGUAAUACGAGGAGCGAAAGAACUUUCCCGAGGGUUACUUGGAUGUCUGUGGAGGACUCGAGGGGUCAUCACGUAGUCGUCUCAGGUGGUAGGAGCAUGUGAAAUGUCCACGGCUGGUGGGACGUUCACGUUGCAGGUUUCCCACCAUGGUCUCUUUGCUCGGAAAGCGCAGUUACGUGUGAAUUAGUGAUUAUUAGUCAGUGGGUUCUCCCAAGAAAGAAUGUACGUAGCUGCAGCCGCUCAGUCAGGUUUCCGUCAUCAUCGACCUGCCAGGUGCUGAUGGUUGACCUUUUCAGCUGAUCAAGCGGGUCUAACUAACUGUCGGCACAUAAAUGAUCGUAUCGAGUCCAUAGCUUUGGUAGGAGUGGCAAGCUCUAUAGGGAUGUACUCCUUGUGCAAUUUUCCAAGUUAUCUCAGCUUGAGUCUACGUUUUCUCGCCAUGACUUGUCAACCCCGAAGAUAAAAGUUGACAAGAGCCAUAGAAGCCAUAUACAGUAGAUGAAGCUCCAUCGAAGAAGGGGAAUUUUCGACAUUCGGCCUAAUUUCGACAUUCCGACCUAAACGGCAGGUAGGAUGAUAUAGAUACUAGUGUGACAUAGUUAGUUUAUAGCUUUAUAUUUGCUAUUCUACUCUUUAAUGAGCCUUUAUUUAUAGUUCUUUUCGGGUGCUAUGGGAUCAACCACAGUCCAAUCGCUGCGACUGCCAUUACAGAAGCCAUGGACAAAGAAGAGUGUUCUUCCGCGCAGGGGUUUCCGAUGUUUUUUAGCUCUCUUGUAGAGUGUACGAUCUCUUCAAGUAGAGGUUUAAUGAGCUGAAAAAUUGUCAGAGUGAGCACCUCCUCAGUACACUGAUAGGCAUGGGAUUAUUUCGGCUUUCCUUUUGGGGGUCUCCUAAGUUUGGGCAAGGGCGGUAGUACUUGGGUACACAUGUGCGCAAAGUGUAAGCCACGCAUUUCCUAAUUAGGCAAAGUCUUUUUACAUGAUGUUUCGUUUUCGUUUUCAUUUUCGCUUUCGCUUUCGUUUUCGUUUUCGUUUUCGCUUUUGCACAAAGCCUUUUCCUGUCUUUUGAAGUUUUUGAAUUUAUUAUUUUCCUAACCUUCAACUUCUGACGAUGUUUUCUUCCCAAAUUUACAAUGUAACACAUGUAUAUGACUCUCAUCUGUUAAUCCUUUGUUUAGGCAACUCUGCCAGCGUGUUUAGGUCCUAUGCUGUUGAUUAAUGAGGGAGACUUAUCUUUUGUGGGCGCUGCUCUCUAGA